GUGCAUUCCCACGCGACGCAGCGAAUCUUUGUCACCUUUCCGCUUUGUCAAAGUUUGGAACUUUCUGCCUCAGCGUCCCGCCUUUUUUUCCCUCCAUCGAUUCGUUGUCGCGUCGUCCGCAACAGUGAACUAUAGCGCCCGUCCCUCCCGUCGCAAACCACCACUCCACCAGUAAUCAUCAAUCAUCACGACAACAUCACCCAUCUCAUCCAUCGUCUCAACAUCGUCGACGCCUCGAGAAACUUUAUCUUUACAACCAACGCCAUCCAUCCAAACCAAUUAACCCGACGAUAGGCAAACCCAAUCUACAAACAACUCCUGCCCAAAAACACAAAAUGUCUUCCCGCGAGCAAUACCAAGUCCCCAACUCCCAGGGCUUCACCACCGGAGCCUCCAACAACGACGGCAACAGCGGCGGCAGCAGCGUCAUGUGGUACACGUGCGGCGACUGCGCGGUGCGCGUGCCGCUCGAGAAGGGCGCCCCCAUCCGUUGCCAGAAGUGCGGUGCGCGCGUCUUGUAUAAGGAGCGCACCAAGAGAAUGGUCCAGUUCGAGGCUCGCUAGAUUGUUUCCAUUCGACUUGUAGCAAAAGGAAGAGGGGGUCGUGGUCUUCUCGAUACCGAGCUGAAGUUCCCGUCGUGCCGGAGCCGGCUGGGACGUCCUUAAUGCUAGAGGACAGGAGCCGGACUAGGCAAGGAAAGACGGGAACGUUUGUGGGUGGAAGCUGGGCUACGAAGGCUCAAACUGCCGACAUCUUGGUGUAACUUCAUACCUUGAGGGGCAGUCAUGAUACGGCUCAGCUUAAC